AAACGAAGAAGAAAAGAGGCUCUCAAACGUCUCUGCUGUCAGCACUGUGGCAAAUCCUUCUCAACAUCUGGAUCUUUAAAGAUACAUCGGAUGCUUCACACUGGAGAGAAACCGUACAGCUGUGACCAGUGUGGGAAAACUUUCACUCAGGCAGGUAACCUAGAAUCUCACAGACGUGUUCACACUGGAGAGAAACCGUACAGCUGUGACCAGUGUGGGAAAACUUUCACUCAGGCAGGUAACCUAGAAUCUCACAGACGUGUUCACACUGGAGAGAAACCGUACAGCUGUGACCAGUGUGGGAAAACUUUCACUCAGGCAGGUAACCUAGAAUCUCACAGACGUGUUCACACUGGAGAGAAACCGUACAGCUGUGACCAGUGUGGGAAAACUUUCACUCAGGCAGGUAACCUAGAAUCUCACAGACGUGUUCACACUGGAGAGAAACCGUACAGCUGUGACCAGUGUGGGAAAACUUUCACUCAGGCAGGUAACCUAGAAUCUCACAGACGUGUUCACACUGGAGAGAAACCGUACAGCUGUGACCAGUGUGGGAAAACUUUCACUCAGGCAGGUAACCUAGAAUCUCACAGACGUGUUCACACUGGAGAGAAACCGUACAGCUGUGACCAGUGUGGGAAAACUUUCACUCAGGCAGGUAACCUAGAAUCUCACAGACGUGUUCACACUGGAGAGAAACCGUACAGCUGUGACCAGUGUGGGAAAACUUUCACUCAGGCAGGUAACCUAGAAUCUCACAGACGUGUUCACACUGGAGAGAAACCGUACAGCUGUGACCAGUGUGGGAAAACUUUCACUCAGGCAGGUAACCUAGAAUCUCACAGACGUGUUCACACUGGAGAGAAACCGUACAGCUGUGACCAGUGUGGGAAAACUUUCACUCAGGCAGGUAACCUAGAAUCUCACAGACGUGUUCACACUGGAGAGAAACCGCACAGCUGUGACCAGUGUGGGAAAACUUUCACUCAAGCAGGUAACCUAGAAUCUCACAGCCGUGUUCACACUGGAGAGAAACCGUACAGCUGUGACCAGUGUGGGAAAGCUUUCUCUCAAUCAGGUCACCUAAAAAAACACCUAUGUGUUCACACUGGAGAGAAACCGUACAGCUGUGACCAGUGUGCGAAAACUUUCACUCAAGCAGGUAACCUAGAAUCUCACAGCCGUGUUCACACUGGAGAGAAACCGCACAGCUGUGACCAGUGUGGGAAAACUUUCACUCAAGCAGGUAACCUAGAAUCUCACAGACGUGUUCACACUGGAGAGAAACCGUACAGCUGUGACCAGUGUGGGAAAGCUUUCUCUCAAUCAGGUCACCUAGAAUCUCACAGCCGUGUUCACACUGGAGAGAAACCAUACAGCUGUGACCAGUGUGGGAAGGCGUUCAUUACAUCAGGUGAACUAAAAAUCCACCUACGUGUUCACACUGGAGAGAAACCGUACAGCUGUGACCAGUGUGGGAAAACUUUCACUCAAGCAGGUAACCUAGAAUCUCACAGACGUGUUCACACUGGAGAGAAACCGUACAGCUGUGACCGGUGUGGGAAAACUUUCACUCAAGCAGGUAACCUAGAAUCUCACAGACGUGUUCACACUGGAAAGAAACCGUACAGCUGUGACCAAUGUGGGAAAGCUUUCACUCAAUCAGGUCACCUAAAAAUCCACCUACAUGUUCACACUGGAGAGAAACCGUACCGCUUUGACCAGUGUGGAAAGCUUUAACUUCAUCCAGUCACCUACAAAUGCACCGACGUGUUCACACUGGAGAGAAACCGCACAGCUGUGACCAGUGUGGGAAAAGUUUCACUACAUCAAAUCAACUAAAAAUACAUCAACGUGUUCACACUGGAGAGAAACCGUACUGGUGUGAACAAUGUGGGAAAAUGUUUGCUCAGAACAUGAACAUAUUUCAGAGCCAAGUGAGGUGUUUCCUCCUGCCUUCUUGAUUCCUGAUUAGGAAUGCGAUUUCACUAUUAACCACGCUGAAACAUCAGGACUAAUUUGUAAAGGCUCCGUUACAUCAAGUGUUUCUCUUGUGGGGAACAAAACUGUUGCGUGCUUAUCAGAGACAUGGAGGCUACUACUGUACACUGGUUAACUCUGGCAUAGGGACCAAAC